GAGAGAGCUAGGCAGCAGCAGCAGCAGCAGGAGGAGAAACCAGAGCCGCCAAAACACCAGACGUCUGAGACCUGCUCCUCCAGCUGCUGUCAACGUCACGUUUGGAAUUCAUGUGAAGAACCUGCAGACAGCAGAGUUAGACACAGUUCCAUCAUUUAUUUGUUACAAGGGGAAGAAGUUUAGUUUUCUGGAAAACAUCUGCAGACCUUGUGACAAUCCUUCAGCUACUUUAAGCAGGUUUCAAAGACUUAAACAUCCGAGUUAUUGCAACCAAAGGACCCACACACUGCCGGAUUACAAACAGUUUAAUGACCUUUUUUUGGCACACUUGAAGAAGUUCUGGAUUUUGCAAACCACCAACAAUCAUAUGAGUGAUUUCCAUAGUUUUAAGUUGGAGUUGUGGAGCACCUUUUCAUCACUUAACAGUCAGCAGUUUUUUAAGGUUAUGAAAGAGAAGUGAUCUGAACACCUGCUGAUAACUCUUUAGUUUGUUUCAGGAGCCAAUGUGGAGUUCAAUCGUGUUUUUUUUUCUAAGGAGCACCUCGAGAUAAAAAAAAAGUGGUUUUCAAGAAAAAUCAGACAGCUAAAGGAUGCACAAGUAGCAGGAUUACAAACAGUUUUAUCAAUCUUCCUCACGAAGGAGGAAGGGAAGUUUAGUCAUCCAUUCACAUUAUUUAAUGAGCUAAAAGGUCAUCACUUUAAGGGGAAAAAAAACAGAAUACUAACUGUGGUUCUAUCCAGUUUUAUUUUGCAAAGGAGGAAGUUUGGAUUUAAGGACAUAUUGCAUUGUCUCAUGGACUUUCUGCAGCCAGAAUUUGUUAAACAGUGAGCAAAAAAUGUUACCUAUUUGGAGUUAUUUGUGUAAAUUACUACUUCCAAGGAGAAUCAAGUACCUUUCAAAUUUUACCUGAAAAACCUAAAGGUUACAAAAUUCCUUUAGGUUUUAACUUCACAUUAAGAGAGAAUUAUAGUUUGUUCCUUUAGCUGGUAAGGAGAUAAACUUGACUGUUUGGGGUUUGAUGUUUCGAGGACCUUUAUGUGACUUAAAGUUUUUACCUUUAAGUAAGAACCCUUUGGAUCCUGGUCUCUCCAGCAUCCCGUGAGAUUUCCACUGUCUGCUGAAUCAUCAUCUAAGACUGCAAGGAGUUAACAGUAACUGUUAGAGUCCUGCGGUGGCUCAUCAGACUCCCCUCUUUCAUAUUUCAGAGAUGCAGGACGGCUCUAACAGCCGCCGCUGCAGCUCAAGGACUACGACUGUCUGCUGUAAAUUUGUGAGAAGAUAAAAGGUGACAGUGAGGAGGUGACUGCGGGAUUUGGGGUUGUUCUGCACUCCCUCAUAGAGACGCUGUAAAGACCAGCUUCAAGAGCCACUAAAAGGAGUUGAUCUCUCUGUCAAACAUCAAGGACGUCUUUUUCCACUGUUCAGAGAUCAGAGCAGCAAAAAACUCCACUGACACCAACAAAGUAUUUUUCUAUCUUCUGACAUCAAUGAAACUUUUAUGUGUCUAAUUUUCCUCAUUAGGUGCUCAUUAAGGAAAUCCUCUCCAAUACCAGGGACAUUUUCCAGCUUGCAGAGCUCCGCUUCUGAGGGAUACUUUAAGUUUCCUUCUUUCUUUCUUCUGAGCUUGAUGGCAAGACAACUACAGAAACUACAGAUGCCAUGAGGAGGUGGCGUGAGGACGGCGUAGCAGAGAAGUCUGCUGGGAGUGUGUAAAAGUGUGUGUGCAUGCUGUAGAGUGUGUGUUAAUGUGCAUGAGAGAGUGUGUGUGGUGCUCAUGUACGUAUCCGUGCAUGUGUGUGUGCAGCUGGCUGUGUAUUUGAGAUGUACAAAAGGGCCCAGACGCCCACAUCACACAGUGCGACAGCAACCCGGCUGCUUCUGAGUUAUUUCCUGUUGCUCAAUACUUGUUGACUCGCUGUGAGGAAAAAUACAUCAACCAGUCGGAUAUGAGAAGGAAAAAUUUCAGCAUGAACAAACAAAAUUUUCAAAUAUUACUGGUGGGGAAACUGCAGAGCAAAGCUGGAGGUCGGACCGGUCGACUGGAACGUGCUGCUCUGAUUGGAUGAUUACUGCUCUCUUCUUUUUGUUUUGUGUUUUUCUUUUUUGUCCUGAACUAUUUAGGCUUUUCUGUUUUGGCAACACAUCAGUUGUCUUUUUGAGUUUUCAUGGAGACACAUCAACCAGGCUUGGAUGAUGUGGAUAUUUAUCAUUAUUGAACUCAGAUUCUUGGAUCUUGGAUUACAGCUGUUCCACCUUAACUGACUGCAGAGCAUCAUGGGAGAUAAGAAAAAAAUCUGGUUCCUAACUGGUGUAGCAGAAUAUGAUGACGAUACAAUUCUCUUUUUAAAAAUUUACUUUUUUACAUUUUAAUUAAUGAAACAUGACAAUUAAUAAUUAACGAAUAGUAGUGUCAAAAGAAAAUAAAGUUUUAAUCAUCGACUCAUUGAAUGUGAGCUCAGAAGUAUUUCUCCUCCAUUUUUUUUUUUUACUACUUUUCUUGAAGCUAUAGAUUUUUUUGCGGGGGAGGGGGCAAACUUUUAUUUCUGCACCAAACUUUUCAGAAUCUGGAGCUCUGCAGUUAGUUGGACCACUUUUAGCACUAUUUUGCAACUAUUCAGAAGACCUUUUGUGCAGCCAUGCUUCCUGGAGGACUGGUGUCAAGUGGAGGGGGUCGUGGCGGCAGCGGGCUGUGCCUGCUCCGGUGGCUGGGCCUCAGGCUGUGGUCCCGUCGAGGGACCCUGGUGUUUGCUCUGCUCUGGUUCGGCUCCUGGUUGUUCUUGAACGGCCUGGUCCUGGUCCACAGGAGUAUCCUGUCCGACUACUGCACCGACGACAAGAGCAAGAGGAUCCUGCAGAGGCUGUGCCUGGAGUUUGGCGAGGGCUCGGUGACGGGGGACAUGUGUGAGGACCUGUGUGUGCUUGGCCUGGUUGAGUACAAGCGCUGCCUCUACUAUGAGAAUGGGAAGAAGGUGAUUGAAGCGCGCUGGAGAGGAAACCCCGUCAUCCUUAAGUCCAAACUGGAAAACUUUUCAUCUUACGAACCACUGGGAAUCCUGGACUAUCAGGACACAGCAGAGGAGCUCUCCCCGCUUGAUGUGGUUUUCUACGCCACUCUUGAAAUACGAAACUCUCUGGGGCUGGCUGAAGAGAAUGAGGAUGAAGAGGGAGGAGGAAGUAACAGCUCUCUGGCCAGACUUUGGGGGAAGAAGCUGAAAAACAGAGAUAAGAGUUACUCCAGAGCAGAGCUGGCCUCACUCUGGUCUCUGCUGCAGCAGGAAGAGUACACCUUUCUCAGAGUCCUGCAGGACCUCAGCACCCACGUUGCUAAGGUGUUGGGCUCCUGCGGUCAUUUCUACGCAGUGGAGUACCUGUCUGCUGGGCACGCCUGGGACCAGAACAUCUUCUCCCUGGAGGAGGUAGCUGUGUCUGGGCUGCAGGAUCCCGGAGCCCGCGGGAGGUGGACUGCCAGGGAGAUGCUGCACCACAUUGCACUGAGUUUCCUGGACAUGGUGUGGCACUUUGACAACGACUUCACCCACAAGCUGCAUCUGUGUGACAUCAAACCAGAGAACUUUGCCAUUAGGAAGGACCUGACGGUGGUGGCGAUUGACGUGGACAUGGCAUUCUUUGAGCCAAAGAUGAGGGACAUCCUAGACCAGAACUGCAGCAGCGACGAUGACUGUAACUUCUUCGACUGCUCGUCCUGGUGCAACCUGAACAAACGCAGGUGCAGCCCCCGCCGUCGCAACAGCAACCUGCAGGUAAUUUGUGAGAAGAUCUUCAGGCCAUGGUUUUCUCCCACACUGCUCGGGGCCAAAGCUGGUCUCCCUCUGCAGGUGGAGUUGCAGCGAGUGGUGCAGGAGUGUUCGGAAACAGAUGGAGGUGUGGAUGAGAAGGAGGAGAAUGGAGGAGGAGGAGAGGCAGAUCAGAGCAGGGACGUCCAUCAGCGCCUCUUCAGCAUCCUGACACGCCUCCUCAAGGAAGGAGGGGCCUCGGGUGAGAGGAUAAGGGUCUGGGAGAAGAAGGGCCACAUCCACACUGCACUCAACUUCUGAGGAGAUGAAGUGGAGACUGUAAGGGACCUAUGAAUCGCCCUAGUGAUAAUAGAUCCCCACUAAAGGGAGAGCCUCAGAAAUACACAUGUGCACUCUUUCUACAGGAGGAAAAUCAGUUUCUUCUUUGGGAAGUUUUGAAUAAAAAAAAGGUGGGGACAAAUACGUUGAAACACUCAUCCUGGAAGCUAAUUACCCUCAAGGAGAAAACACAGAUGUUUGUUUACACAUUUGCUGAUAGAAAAGUAUGAAAUCGGAGCUGCAGUUUUAGCCACCAGCAUGAUGUUUCAAUCCAGACCUAUUCUUAACAAAUAUGGCCCAUUUCUGUGAUUAUUACAUUAUAUCUGGUCAAAACAUGAACUAUAAAUAUAUACUAUAUGGCUAAAAGUGUACACUUGUCUAUUUGGUUUGUUUCUUCUGGUUUUGGCCUUUUUGUUCCCCUAAAAGGAAAUCUUAACGCUGAGGCAAACAACAAUAUUUUAGACAAUAAUGUUCUUCCAUUCUGGGAUGAGAUGAACUGUGAUUCAGACCUCAUCACCAACACUAGUGUUGGAAUUCACGUGUCUGAAUGGGAUCAAAUCCCUGCAGCAGGUUCAACAUCUGGUGGAAAGACUGAAACCAGAAGAGCGGAGGCUGGCAUACUUUUGUGUACAUCUUUGGGUAAUAUACACAAACCAGAUUUUGCAUCUCAGUUUCAACUGUUUCUUUAUUGUCAAUGUGCCUCCAGAUUUUUUUCUGGAUGUAAAAAUGUUUAAUAAUGUUGUGAUUGCAGAAAAUCACAUUGGAUUUUGUCAACGUCUUGACCAGGACUGUAGUGCUGAGUAAGCGAGCUCAGCAAUGCCUUAAGUGUCACCUCCUCAGAGGAACAUUUUAUGGAUCCUCUCAGGGGUGAAUUCACAGAGGAUUUUUGCAGCUGCUGAUAAAAUCAUGAAUUGAGCAAUGUAACCACUAUCUGCCCCAUCUCGGGGUCUGAUUCACCAAAGAUAUUACACUAAUUAUAUAGCAGCACAAACACAGCCAUAAAGUGUUUGCAGCUGACUGAAAUUAUCUAGGUGGUGAAGUAUAAGUAGUUGCAGAACAAUGGCAGAGUGAAAAAAAAGUGAUCAAUGUUCAGAUGACGCACUACAGGUGCAGAGGAAUUUCUCAAAACUUUAUGCAGGAAUUUAAAUGUGACAGAGAGAAACUGUAUUUAGGAUUUGUUGUCUGUUAGUACGCUUCAGAUCCGACCAACUCUCUUAAGACGCUAACAAUUUUACUGUAACUGUGUGGCUGGUAGCGCUGAUCUUUGUGAACUGGACUGUAUUUGCAGUGAAGCUCACUUGCAUAGAAAGGGGCCAAUUUUGCACCAAAUGUAUGCAUAUUACCUGAUUUAAAUAUGUGAAAAUAAGCACAGGAGCAUCAAGACACUGUUCACUUGACAGUGCAGUUCUGGUGCAUUUUGUCCUUUGUGGGUGCAUUUGAAAAUUACAUGGUUUCCAUUUGUGCAGGUUUAGCAGCUGUAAAAAUUACAAUAUCCUUUGUGAAUUCACCCAUCAAAGUUUUUUCUUCCUUUAUGUAUCCUGUUAGUCUCAGUGAGAUUUUUUUAAAAAAUCUCUCGUUUGAAGAGAGACUGCAGUAAGAAAACAACCGUGUAGAUAAAUGUAAGCUGCAGACAAGCUGUAAUAAUGUACUAAUUGUAUUAACUACUAAUUAAUAAGUAAAUAAGUAAAUAAAUGACUAAAGCUGUCUUGGUCAUUUUUAGGCUUUCAGUUUGGGUUUUUAAAAGUAGAUAACUAUUAUUUGUUUGGUUGCAACCGCUGCAGUUUCAACAGUUUAUUCAAAACUGUAGCAAACAACAUACCCCCAAACUUACAUAUCUGUCAUAUUACAACGCCAUGUCAUCGCUACUCAUCAUAUACUGCCACUUAGGUAGGACCCUGGCAUUACUACAAUGACGCAGGGGCCGGAGCAUUUUUUGUUCUAUCUUGACGCAGAAGAGGUCGGUGGUCAGGUUUAGGCAACAGUACUACUUGGUUAUGGUUUGGGUAAGAUAGCUGAUGGCACUUAAUAUUAUCCAGCUUUGUGUGGCACAAAUGCGGUGGUGAGAAGGGGUAGGCAGUGAGCUUUAGGCAGCAAUACUACUUGGUUAUGAUUAGAAAACAACUGCAGAUGUCACUAAAAACAUACAUGUCUUUAAAUAGCACAAACACAGCUAUAAGUAGGUGAUCAGCGGUUAGGUUUAGGCAAAAACACUGCUUGAUUAUGGUCAGGGAAAGAUACCAGAUGUCGCUAAAAAAAACUCGCUAAAAAAAGAUACCAGAUGUUGCUGAAAAUAUUUGUGUGUGGCACAAAUGCAGCAGUCAGUAGGGGUCACCUGUUGGGUUUAGGCAAAAACGCUACUUAGUUAUGGUUAGGAAAAAAAAAAUACGCAUCACAGUAAAAAAACACCCAGCUUUGUGUGGUACAAAUAUGUCUGUGAGAAGGCAUUGGUGGUUAGGUUUAGGCAACGCUACUUGGUUAUGGUUAUGGAAAAGACUGCCGAUGUUGCUUUAAAAAAAGCAAGCUUUGAGUGGCAUGAAUGCAGCUGGAAAGGAAGCAGUGUGUCGCUAAAAAAAACAUCCAGCUGUAAUUGGCACAAGCGCUGCAACUGAUGUUAUUUGUUGGUCUCGAACACUGCUCUCCUGGGUCAAAGUCCAGUGCUUGUUGGAAUCACUAUUAUGACAUCUGGGACGCUGUCCAAGCCAUGUAUUUUGACGCAAUGGGAGUAAGACCAGGCUGGAUAUUAAUUGUGAGCAGAAUUAAUAAUUCCUCCCUCAAGGUGUUCUUGAGAUAUUGUGUUUAAGAGGAAGAGAUUGACCGGGUCACACUGACUUUGCCCUUUGACCACCAAAAUCAAAUCAGUUCAUCACUGAGUCCAAGUGGAUGUUUGUGCCAAAUUUAAGGAAAUUUUCAUCAUUGUAUCCUAUUAGUGUAAAAUAAUUUUGCCAUAAUUAGCAAAUUAUGAGUUAUGGCCAAAAAAAUGUUUUGUGAGGUCACAGUGACCUUCGACCCCCAAAAUCGAAUUAGUUCACAGUUGAGUCCAAGUAAAUAUUUGUGCAAAAUUUUAAAAAAUGUCCUCAUGGUGUUCUUGAGAUGUUGCGUUCACAAGAAUAGGAUGGACAGAUACACCUACAUUCAUACAUAGGUAUAGACAGAAAACCCAAAAACAUAAUACCUCUGGCUACGGCUAUCGGUGGUAGGGAGGCAUAAAAUUGGAAUCUGUCACUAACACACAUACCUAAAGUAUGGCUGGGUGAUUAAUCAAAUUCUAGUUUUGAUAACGACUUUUGCUCCAAAUACUAUAAAAACAAGAUAGUUGAGAUUAAAUGAUUAUUUGGCGCAUUCUGUUUUGUAAUGAUGGUCCUGUUUUGACUUGUGUUAUGAAUCCACCACUUUCAUUUAUUUAUCUAUUCUUUUUUGCUUUUAUUUUUUUAUCAAAUUAUAUUUAAAAGUUCAAAUUAAUCUGCUAUCAAAAAGUUUUCUCUUAAAUUCAAGAAAUGCAUGAUGUUUCCAAAGUCAAUAAGUAAUCAUGUUGAAUAAUUCGGAUCUCAAAGUUGACCAAAAUAAUCCUGUUUGUUUCAUUUUUUCCCAAAAUUAAGCAGCCCUACUUACAAAGCCCUUUCGUUGCCCAACUGAUUCAUUUGUGUUUUGGUGUUCAUGUCUGAGGUCAGACUGGAUCACAUGGAUUUGGUCAGCUUUAUUGUAAUGAUUUGUGAAGACUAACGGUCUCUCAGGUACCAGGCUUCUGUAAAUAGAAAUAUUCAUAUGUAAAGCUGAGUUGAAUAAUAAAAUGUGUGGUGAUGUUCUACUGCGUGUCACCAAGAGU